CCUCCCACCCAGUUGCUGGGAGAACCUACACCCGGGGCGGUGGCGCAGGGUUGGCAUGUAUUCAUCUUUCUUAGUUACCUUCCCUGUCAAAUGGAGGUCUCGUAGAGGUGAUUGUCUAGUUCCCCGGCACGUAUUCAAUAUUCAUAAAUACUUAUUAAGACAUGAAGAUGAGCCACACGCAGGGUUGUUGUUUUUUGUGGGGUUUUUUUUUGUAAACUGUUUAAAUCACUCGUAUCUGGAACGAUGCCCGGCACAUAAAAAUCGCAGAAAGAAUUGCAUAAAUGUUCCUGGCUGGCGUACAUCUUGGGAAGAGGAUCGCCCUGGCGAGCUUUUAUGAGGAUGGAGGGGACGAAGACAUUGUGACCAUUUCGCAGGCAACCCCCAGUUCAGUAUCCAGAGGCACAGUCUCUAGCGAUAACAGGGUAACAUCCUUCAAAGACCUCAUUCAUGACCAAGAUGAAGAUGAGGAAGAGGAAGAGGGCCAGAGGAGCAGGUUUUAUGCCGGAGGCUCGGAGAGAAGUGGACAACAGAUUGUUGGUCCUCCCAGGAAGAGAAGUCCCAAUGAGCUGGUGGAUGAUCUAUUUAAAGGUGCCAAGGAACAUGGAGCUGUAGCUGUGGAGCAAAUGACCAGGAGCCCUGGAGAGACCAGUAAACCAAAACCAUUUGCUGGGGGUGGCUACCGCCUUGGGGCAGCACCAGAGGAAGAGUCUGCUUACGUAGCAGGAGAAAGGAGGCGGCAUUCCAGUCAAGAUGUUCAUAUAGUGUUGAAGCUCUGGAAGAGUGGAUUCAGCCUGGACAAUGGUGAACUCAGAAGCUACCAAGACCCAUCUAAUGCCCAGUUUCUGGAGUCAAUCCGCAGAGGGGAGGUGCCAGCAGAGCUGCGGAGGUUAGCUCAUGGUGGGCAGGUGAAUUUGGACAUGGAGGACCAUCGAGAUGAGGACUUUGUGAAGCCCAAAGGAGCCUUCAAAGCCUUCACGGGCGAGGGUCAGAAACUGGGCAGUCUAGGUCUGCCUGACUCCCAGACAUGGCAGGAGAGUGUGGUAGGUGUUAGGAGCACAGGACCUAGAACUAGACAGCUUGGAUUAUAUCCUGGCUUCACCUAGAACCAACACUGGAAUUUUGGGUGAGUUGCUUAAUCCCACUGUGCCUCGGUUUCCUCAUCUGUAAAGUGGAGAUGCUGAAUCCCUUCCUUGCAGGCUGUUGUGAGGAUUAAGUGAACUAAUACUUGUAAAGUACUCAGCACAGGGUCCAGCUUGGUAAUGGGUGCUUUGUAAACAUACACUAUAUUCAUCAUGCUUCCCUAACCCACCUUAUUUUCAGAGUAUGCAAGAGAAACAGUCAGACGCAUGGCAAGUCCAUGUAUCAGGCUUUCUUUGACCUUCAGAUGAUGAGCACCAGCUCUAUGCAAAGGCUGUACUAGGAAGAAAGCCAAAAAUACCAGUUGCUUUCUUGUUUGGAGUGUCCUGUCUUGGGCAUUCUGCAUACAUUAUCUUAUCUAAUCCUCAUGGCAGAACAGUUCCUUGUGCUACACCUGGAGAAACUGAAGCCCUGGGAAGUCAAGUGACUUGUUCAAGGCCAGUCCUCUUGUUUAAUUUAGUGGUAGAGCUGGGACCAGAUGGCCGGUCUUAUGCUCUUUCUCCAGCAUCACACUGACUCCUGAAUAAUAAUGGCUGCCAUUUAGUAGCCUGAAAUUCUCUGCAAGUGAUCAACAAGUGUAACAUGAAAAGAACAUGGUGCUAGAAUAAGUUUGCCUUAACUGCACAAUCUCUCA